AUUUCCCCAGAAGUUAAUUACAUUUGCAUUCCAUUGCAUUGCACUUUCUUUUUCAACAAACUGAGGCUCUUUAAUCUUUCUUAUUUCUUGCUUUUAAUUAUUAUACAUGUUUUGGAGCUUCAUUUCUUGCAAUCAAUUAAGUUCUUUGGCAACUUGGGUUGUUACCCUUUUCUUAUUUUAACUUUGAUUGAUAUCAGAUUAAGAGGCAAAAAGUUUUGUUACAAGUGGUUUAAGCAUGAUUCGAUUUUUUGAGUUCGAUCGAUGGUCUGCUUUAAGGAAGAAAGUAACUACAGGUCGCCAGGCUUCGGAUUGAGAACUUAACGAUGGCAACGGUAAAUAUUACUGUAGGGUCUCACGUGUGGGUUGAAGACCCAGAUGAAUCUUGGAUUGAUGGGGUGGUUUCGAAAAUUACUGGAAAAGAUGUUGCGAUUAACACCACUAAUGGAAAAACGGUCACUGAAAAAUUAUCAAAAAUAUAUCCAAAAGACUUGGAAGCUCCACCUGGUGGAGUUGAUGACAUGACCAAGCUAUCUUAUCUACAUGAGCCUGGAGUUUUGCAGAAUUUGAAAGCUAGAUAUGAACUCAAUGAAAUUUAUACUUAUACAGGAAAUAUAUUAAUUGCUAUUAAUCCAUUCCAAAAACUGCCUCACAUCUAUGAUUCUCAUAUGAUGCAACAAUACAAGGGAGCCCCAUUUGGGGAACUAAGUCCUCAUGUUUUUGCAGUUGCUGAUGUUGCAUACAGGGCCAUGAUUAAUGAAAGGAAAAGCAAUUCAAUUCUGGUUAGUGGUGAAAGUGGAGCAGGUAAAACUGAGACCACAAAGAUGCUUAUGCGAUACCUUGCCUUUCUUGGUGGUCGAGUUGCCACCGAAGGACGGACAGUAGAACAACAAGUUCUUGAAUCUAAUCCAGUUCUUGAAGCAUUUGGCAAUGCUAAAACUGUUCGAAAUAACAACUCCAGUCGUUUCGGUAAAUUUGUUGAGAUCCAGUUUGAUAAGCAUGGAAGAAUAUCAGGAGCUGCUAUCAGAACUUACCUUCUAGAGAGAUCUCGUGUUUGCCAAGUUUCUGACCCUGAGCGCAACUACCACUGUUUUUAUCUUCUUUGUGCGGCACCACAGGAGGAAGUUGAUAAGUAUAAGUUGGGAAACCCCAAAAGCUUUCACUAUCUUAACCAGUCACGCUGCUAUGAACUGGUUGGUGUAAGUGAUGCCCAAGAUUAUCUUGCGACACGGAGAGCUAUGGAUAUUGUCGGAAUUAGUGACAAGGAGCAGGAAGCCAUUUUCAGAGUUGUUGCUGCAAUUCUCCAUCUUGGAAACAUUUGUUUCACUAAAGGAAAGGAAGUUGAUUCAUCAGUUCCGAAAGAUGACCAGGCUAAGUUCCAUCUGAAGACAACAGCAGAGCUUCUCAUGUGUGAUGUUAAUGCCUUAGAAGAUGCAUUGUGUAAGCGUGUUAUGGUCACACCUGAGGAAGUUAUAAAGAGAAGUCUCGAUCCUCAAAGCGCUACAAUUAGCAGGGAUGGCUUGGCUAAAACACUUUAUUCACGAUUGUUCGACUGGCUGGUAGAUAAAAUUAAUAAGUCAAUUGGACAAGAUCCAAACUCGAAAUUUUUAAUAGGAGUCCUCGACAUCUACGGCUUCGAAAGCUUUAAGACUAAUAGCUUUGAGCAGUUUUGUAUUAACUUCACCAAUGAGAAGUUGCAACAGCAUUUCAAUCAGCAUGUAUUUAAGAUGGAGCAAGAAGAGUACACAAAAGAGAAGAUCAAUUGGAGCUACAUUGAAUUUGUUGAUAACCAGGAUGUCCUCGACCUUAUUGAAAAGAAACCUGGAGGAAUUGUUGCUCUUCUAGAUGAAGCUUGCAUGUUCCCGAAAUCAACUCAUGAAACUUUUGCAAACAAGCUUUAUCAGACGUUUAAGAACCACAAGAGAUUCAUUAAGCCGAAAUUGUCUCGCACUGAUUUCACCAUUGCUCAUUAUGCUGGAGAUGUUCUAUACCAAUCUGAUCAAUUUUUGGACAAAAACAAGGAUUAUGUGGUUCCCGAACAUCAAGACUUGUUGAGUGCUUCCAAAUGUUCGUUUGUAUCAGGCCUUUUCCCUCCACUUCCAGAAGAAACAUCUAAAUCAUCCAAGUUUUCUUCAAUUGGUUCUCGUUUUAAGCUCCAACUACAGUCUCUAAUGGACACAUUAAAUUCUACGGAACCUCACUACAUCCGAUGUGUAAAGCCGAACAACCAACUUAAGCCUGCUAUAUUUGAGAAUGUUAAUAUCAUGCAACAACUCCGUUGUGGUGGUGUUCUAGAGGCAAUCAGAAUCAGUAUGGCCGGAUAUCCAACUCGCAAACCUUUCUUUGAAUUCAUUAACCGAUUCGGGCUGCUUCAUCCUGAGGCUUUGGAAGGAAACUAUGAUGAAAAGGUUGCAUGCCAGAAGAUUCUGGAAAAGGCCGGACUUCAAGGGUAUCAAAUAGGCCUAACAAAGAUCUUUCUGAGAGCUGGUCAGAUGGCAGAAUUAGAUGCAAGGAGAGCAGAAGUACUCAAUACUGCUGCCAAAACUAUACAGCGGCGGAUUCGUACCCAUAUAUCUCGUAAAAGAUUCCUUGCAAUACAAAAGGCAUCUAUUAAUCUUCAGGCCAUAUGUAGAGGAAGAUUGGCUUGCAAAGUUUAUAGUAACAAGAGAGAGCAGGCAGCAGUUUUGAAAAUUCAGAAGAACGUAAGGAGGCACCAAUCUAGACAAGCCUAUAAGAAGCUUCAUGUAUCAGCCCUUGUCUUACAGACAGGCAUGAGGGCAAUGGCUGCUCAUAAUGAAUUGAGAUUCAGGAAGUUAAAUAAAGCGGCUACAUUGGUUCAGGCUCGAUGGCGUUGUCGCAGAGCUGCUACAUAUUAUAAGAAGCUCAAAAGAGGAUGUAUAGUGACACAAACCAGGUGGAGGGGAAGAGUUGCAAGAAGAGAGCUUAGAAAGCUCAAAAUGGCUGCAAGGGAAACAGGUGCACUAAAAGAAGCGAAGGAUAAACUUGAAAAGAAUGUGGAGGAACUUACUUGGCGUUUACAGCUUGAGAAACGUUUAAGGACUGAUCUAGAAGAAGCAAAAGCUCAGGAGGUAGCAAAACUGCAAAACACGUUGCAAGAAAUGCAGAAAACAAUUGAUGAAACCAAUGAAUUGCUUGAAAAAGAACGAGAGUCCGCAAAGAAAGCCAUCGAAGAAGCGCCUCCUGUUGUACAAGAGAAAGAAGUUUUAGUUGAAGAUACAAAGCAAAUUGAAUCUCUAACAGAAGAAUUGGAAACCCUAAAGACCUCAUUAGACUCGGAAAAACAAAGAGCAGACAGUGCUGAAGAAAAAUACAAUGAACUCAAAGAGUCAAGUGAAGAAACUGGAAAAAAACUGGACGAAACAGAAAAAAAACUUAAACAACUCCAGGACACAUUGAGAGGGUUAGAGGAGAAGCUCACUAAUCUAGAAUCGGAGAAUAAAGUACUACGGCAACAGGCUGUAUCCAUGACUCCAAAUAAGUUCCUUUCUGGACGCUCGAGAUCGAUUUUGCAGAGAGGUUCUGAAAGUGGGCAUCUAGAACCAAGGGUACCCAUUGAUCUUCACAGCAGCUCAAUAAACCAUAGAGAGCCACACGAAGUGGAGGAGAAACCGCAAAAAUCACUAAAUGAGAAACAACAGGAAAACCAGGAUUUGCUCAUUCGAUGUAUUGCGCAACAUUUAGGCUUUGCAGGGAACAGGCCUAUUGCAGCUUGUAUCAUUUACAAAUGUCUUCUGCAAUGGAGAUCGUUCGAAGUUGAGCGAACUAGUGUCUUUGAUCGGAUCAUUCAGACUAUAGGCAAUGCUAUUGAGACCCAGGAUAACAAUGAUGUCUUGGCCUAUUGGUUAUCCAAUGCCUCCACACUUCUCUUGCUACUCCAGCGCACAUUAAAAGCUAGUGGUGCUGCUGGAAUGACUCCACAACGCCGUCGAUCAUCAUCAGCUACUUUGUUUGGGAGAAUGACUCAAAGUUUCCGUGGAGCUCCACAAGGUGUCAGUCUUGCCUUAAUUAAUGGAGGUGUCACCGCUGGGGUGGACACUUUACGGCAAGUUGAAGCCAAGUACCCAGCCUUGCUUUUUAAGCAACAGCUUACAGCAUAUGUGGAGAAGAUAUAUGGAAUGAUCAGAGAUAAUCUGAAGAAAGAAAUUUCACCAUUGCUUGGAUUGUGCAUACAGGCACCAAGAACAUCCAGAGCAAGCUUGGUUAAAGGAGCAUCGCGAUCCGUUGCAAAUACUGCAGGCCAACAGGCUUUGAUUGCUCACUGGCAAGGGAUUGUGAAGAGCCUUGGAAAUUUCUUGAACACGUUGAAACUAAAUUUUGUACCUCCAUUCUUAGUCCGUAAGGUGUUUACACAGAUAUUCUCAUUCAUCAAUGUUCAGCUAUUCAACAGUCUUUUGUUGAGGAGAGAGUGUUGUUCAUUCAGUAAUGGUGAAUAUGUUAAAGCUGGGCUAGCUGAACUUGAACACUGGUGUUAUGAGGCAACCGAUGAGUAUGCAGGUUUAGCUUGGGAUGAGCUCAAGCAUAUACGGCAGGCCAUCGGUUUUCUAGUAAUACAUCAAAAAUCUAAGAAAACACUGGAUGAAAUAAGCCACGAUCUUUGUCCGGUCCUCAGUAUACAGCAGCUGUAUCGUAUUAGUACGAUGUAUUGGGACGACAAGUAUGGCACGCAUAGUGUGUCCCCCGAUGUAAUAGCCAAUAUGAGAGUGUUGAUGACAGAAGAUUCCAACAAUGCUGUUAGUAAUUCCUUCCUGCUGGAUGAUGAUUCAAGCAUUCCAUUUUCAGUUGACGACCUAUCAAAGUCGAUGGAACAAAUAGACAUUGCGGACAUUGAACCACCGCCACUUAUUCGCGAGAACAUAGGCUUUAGUUUCUUGUUGCCACGUUCAGAUUAAUCAAAUCUGAUUCCAGCAAUGGAUUGCUUCUUCCAAGGUGUAGAUUCACCUUCCAACCUCAUCAACGGUGAAUGUCCUUAAGGUGUUCAUUCAUCUUGCUUUAAGACUAGAAAUAUUUGUCCAAAAUUUUGUUUUCACAUUAUAGGUCAUUGAUUCAAGGAGGAAUAUGUCUUUCUUCCCUACUUAGCACAGUUGUCUAAAUUUUCACUUAUGUUGUACAAUUAGUUCAUCCUUUUUAUCUAUGGGAAAAAUAAUUAAAGCAGAGAA